AUGUCCAAAAGACACGCCACAGAGGCGCUGGAAGACCUCGCGGGCAUAGGCUCGCCCGCGUCCAAGAAAUCGAGACUCGACGACCCUCGGAGCGGCAGCUCCAGCAUCCACGAGAAUGGAGAUCUCGGCGUGGCGGAAGGGCGGCAAAGGAACGGCACGUCUCGUCUGGGUACAGCAGCGCAGCGGGAUAUAGAAGGCGACGACGACGACGACGGCUUUGACGACGAGCCUGAAGAGAGGGCGCCGAUCCGGCAAGCGGCGCCGACGGAGGGCUACGACGACCUCUACCUCGACACCAUCGACCGCAACGUGCUCGACUUUGACUUUGAGAAGCUGUGCUCCGUGUCCCUGUCCAACAUCAACGUCUACGCCUGCCUGGUCUGCGGGCGCUACUACCAGGGCCGGGGCCCCAAGUCCCACGCCUACUUCCACGCGCUCGACGAGGGCCACCACGUCUUUAUCAACAUGGAGACGCAAAAGGUGUACGUGCUGCCGGAGGGCUACGAGGUCAAGAGCAGGUCGCUGGACGACAUCAAGUACGUGUCGGACCCGCGCUACACGAGGGAGGAGGUCGCGGAGCUGGACAGGAAACCCAAGACGGCGUUCACGAUCGGCGGCAAGGAGUACACGCCCGGGUUCGUGGGCAUGAACAACAUCAAGGAGAACGACUACCUCAACGUCGUGGUGCAGGCGCUGUCGCACGUGCCGCCGCUGCGCAACUUCUUCCUGCUCGAGGACUUCAGCUCGUCCCCGGAGCUCGUCAAGCGCUGCAGCAUCCUCUUCCGCAAGAUCUGGAACCCGCGGGCCUUCAAGGCGCACGUCUCGCCGCACGAGCUGCUGCAGGAGGUCUCGCUGCGGUCCAACAAGCGCUUCACGCUGACGGCGCAGUCGGACCCCGUCGAGUUCCUCUCGUGGUUCCUCAACAACCUGCACCUCGGGCUGGGCGGCAGCAAGACCAAGCCCGGCAGCUCGAUGAUCCAGCGCGUCUUCCAGGGCAAGCUCAAGGUCGAGUCGCAGGCCAUCACCGCCAAGGCCGACGCCGGCGACCGCCUGCGCUUCGAGGAGGCCGCCGAGGUCAAGGUCGACGUCUCGCGCUUCCUCCUCCUCACCCUCGACCUGCCCCCCGCCCCGCUCUUCCAGGACGAGCUCGAGGGCAACAUCAUCCCGCAGGUCGCCCUGACGACCAUCAUGUCCAAGUACGACGGCGUCUCGGCGCAGGAGCACCUCGCCCACCGGCGCCGCUACCGCCUGCUGCACCCCCUGCCGCCCUACCUCGUCCUGCACGUCAAGCGCUUCAGCCAGAACAAGUUUGUCAGCGAGCGCAACCCCACCAUCGUCACGUUCGACGCGCGCGGCCUCGACGUGGCGCCCUACGUCGAGCCGGACCCGGCGCACCACCGCGACCCGGGGGAGCCCAUCUGGUACGACCUCGUGGCCAACGUGGUGCACGAGGCGGUGCGGGCGCGCGACGACGUCGGCGACUCGGCCGAGGAGCGCAAGACGUGGAAGGUGCAGCUGCGGGACCGCGCGCGGGGCGACGAGUGGGUCGUCGCGCAGGACCUCUUUGUCGACAAGAUCCAGAACGAGCUGCUCUACCUGGGCGAGACGUACCUGCAGGUGUGGGAGAGGAGGCGGGCGCCGCCCGGCCCCGGCAAGGGCAAGGGCAAGGGGAGGUGA